AACAUGAUCAUGCUUACAGUGCUAGUCACGGGAGGAAGCGGACUUGUUGGAAAGGCGAUUGAGCGAAAGGUUCAAGGAGGCCGCUUUCUUGAGAUGGGGAUACAAUUCGUGUUCCUUUCCUCCAAAGAGGCAGAUCUAAGAAAUAUCACUGAAACUCGUCAAAUAUUUGAGCAAUACAACCCAACCUACGUCAUUCACUUGGCCGCAAGAGUGGGUGGUUUGUACAAAAAUUUAGUUUCGAAGGUCGAGAUGUUGAGUGAAAAUCUCUCAAUCAAUCAAAACGUGCUGCAAUGCUGCCAUGAAUUUGGAGUUACGCGCUGCGUGAAUGUUUCAUCAACAUGUGCUUUUCCGAACGAGAUUGCGAACUAUCCUUUGAAGGAGGAAGAUAUGCACAGUGGUCCGCCACACCCAAGCAAUGAGGGAUAUGCUUAUGCUAAAAGAGUGUCUGAAGUUCUGAUGCGAGCUUACAAUGAACAGUAUGGUCAUCGUUAUGUGACAGUUAUACCGACCAAUGUAUAUGGACCUCAUGACAAUUUUGAUAUUGAGGACGCUCAUGUUGUCCCUGGAUUGAUACACAAGUGUUACAAGGCAAAACUCCAAGGCACAAACUUGACUAUCUGUGGAAGUGGCAAACCUCUACGCCAGUUUAUUUUCUCUGAUGAUCUUGCCGAGCUUCUCUUGUGGACGCUGUUGCAGUACACUGGUUCGGAUUCUCUAAUCCUUGCACCUGAUCGUGUUGACGAAGUCAUGAUAUCAGAUCUCGCUUGUUUGAUUGCACAAAGUAUGAAAUUUGAUGAGGACAGAUUGAUUUUCGACGCUUCCCAAUCUGAUGGGCAGUUGCGCAAAACUGCAAGCAAUGAACGGUUACGGAAGAAUCUUCCCGGGUUUACUUUUACUCCCCUCAAACUUGGGAUUGAUGCAACGGUGAAAUGGUUUCUGGAGAAUUAUGAAUCUUGCCGAAGAUAGAUGAUGUUCAUCAAUACGUUCACGCAAAAUGUGCCGUUCAUUGACGUUUAAGGUUGCACAGAAUAAACUCAUGAUUUUGAACACGCC